AUGACAGAACUUGGGCCCGCUCUCCUUCCUUCCCAACCCUGUUGUCAGUUGCAGGAACCUUCCCUCUACACCAUCAAGGCUGUCUUCAUCCUAGAUCAUGAUGGGCACCGCCUCCUGGCCAAGUAUUAUGAUGACAUGUUCCCUUCCAUAAAAGAGCAGAUGAACUUUGAGAAAAAUGUCUUCAACAAGACCAGCCGGACAGAGAGUGAGAUCGCAUUUUUCGGGGGCACAACGGUUGUCUACAAGAGCAGCAUUGACCUCUUCCUGUAUGUGGUGGGCUCCUCUCAGGAGAAUGAGCUGAUGCUCAUGUCUGUUCUCACCUGCCUGUUUGAGUCUCUGAGUCACAUGUUAAGGAAGAAUGUGGAGAAGCGCUGGUUGCUGGAAAACAUGGAUGGAGCCUUCUUGGUGCUGGACGAGAUUGUGGAUGGAGGUGUGAUUCUAGAGAGUGAUCCCCAACAAGUGAUCCAGAAAAUAAAUUUUAGGGCAGAUGAUAGCAGCCUGACUGAACAGAGUGUGGCCCAGGUUCUUCAGUCUGCCAAGGAACAGAUUAAGUGGUCGUUACUGAAAUGAAGGCUGUGGAGUCAAAGCUUCCUUUCCCCAUCCUGGCAAAAGCUUCCUGAAGACCCCAAGGGAGAGGAGAAACCCCUCUGCCUUCCCAGGCGCCUCCCAGAACGGAUCCCUGGGGUUUCAGGCCAGGGAUGCUGGGAAACCAAGGUUGGUCUGGCUCUGUUUCUGCUCAGAGCCCUGGCUUGCCCCUGAGGCCAUGGGAACACAGCUAAGCCGUCUGCACCCAGACUUUCAGAGUUCCUGGGCCAUGGCCCUAAUAA